CUAGCAAGUUAAAACUAUGUCUAGUCAUUAUUAUUUUGGGUUACCAGUAGAAGAAAAGAACUGUUAUUUGACCAAACUUAAAUGCGACAAAGUUACACUACCAGACCCGUUCAACAAAAUGUUGAGGCAAGAAUGUUUUUCUACAGACCUGUCUGAUUUACCGGAGGUCAGUCAGGUACACAUCUUUGAAUACCUAGUCGAGAAGGAAUGUGUAUAUACAAGUGAGGCAUUCAAGGCAUAUCACAGCUUGGAUGCGUAUAACUAUUUUCAUUCCGGAAAAGUUAAACGCAUUCUAACCUACACGAAUGGAAAUACCUGUGUUGUUUACGGGGAAGUCGAGGCGGGUCAGACGCUUUCAAAGAACUACUCCGCCUGGAUCGUUGCGAGGAAGUUCGGCGAAGUCCAGAGUGGGCAUUGUACCUGCAUGGCAGGCAAUGGAGAGGUGUGUAGUCAUGUGGGUACGAUUUUGGUUACUGUGGAGCAGUGUGUCCAGGAUGGACUCCAGAGUGGCCCAUCUGUCACUUCAAAACCAAGUGUUUGGUCACGGGUGACUAAGAAGGGGAGCUUUUUUUUUGGAGAGCAGGAUGCUCAGGGAGAGGAAUUCAAUGUGUUCAGCAGCUUAGCUCAGCCCCACAGUGAACAUGGUAGUGCUCUGAGCUGUCCUAAGUGCACAACAUUUUAUGAUGCCUUCAUUAAACUGAACCCAGUUCAAGUGGUGGAACUAGAGAGAAACACAAGAAAACAGAGCAUAGAACUACUCUGGCAUGAUGCACGCAAGCUGCGCAUAACAGCAAGCACAGCCAGCAAGGUGCCUCAGCGUGAGACAACUGACCCCGUUAAGUUUUUCAAUGAACACCUCUACCCAAAGUUCCAGAUAAGUGUGGCCACAAGAUAUGGGAAAGAAAGCGAGGGACUUGCAAAGGAGCAGAUUAGGGAGAGGGGCUGCAUAGUGAUGGACAGAGGAUGCUGGUACAUGAAGAUGGACACAUUUGUUGGCAAAAUAUUCAGGAAAAAUGAAGCCUCUAUCAGCCAUUACAUGGUCUCCUUGUUCAAGAAGGUCAAUCAACCCAGAAUUUUUUGUUAUAACUUUGUCACUAGCACGACCACCCCAGACUUUUGA